AUGGCUGAUCGUGGAGGAAUUAAACGAAAAGCUCUUUCUGUUACUGACAAGUUAAACAUUUUAAAAAUGUACGAUGAAAAAAGUGUCAACAAAAAUCAAAAAGAAAUUGCAAAAGAAAUGGAUUUACCUGCAUCGACCCUACGAACAAUUUUGGCAAACAGAAGUAAAAUUGAGAGCAGUGCAAUGACCGGUAGUUGUAAACGACAAAAAAUAAAACAUGGUAAAUUCGAUGAACUAGAACAUAUUUUGUUGGAGUGGUUUAACCAAGCACGUACUUUAAAUUUACCUGUGAAUGGUAACAUUGUCACCGAAAAAGCACAUGAAAUUGCUAAACGGCUUAAUAUUGAUGAAUUUUCUGGAUCUGGUGGCUGGAUUGAUCGGUUCAAGAAAAGGCAUGGUAUUGUAUAUCGACAAAUUUGUGGCGAAGCAGAGUCCGUUAAUGACGCUGAUAUCGCUGCAUGGAGUGAAAAUAUUUUGCCAAAUAUUUUAAAAGAAUACUCUUCUAAUGAUAUAUUCAAUGCAGAUGAGUUUGGGUUAUUUUUUAAAUUGAUGCCUGAUAAAUCUUUGGUGUUUAAACGUGAAAAAUGCCGUGGUGGCAAACUAAGUAAAGAACGUCUAUCAGUUUUGGCAUGUACAAAUGCUACUGGCUCUCAAAAGUUAAGACUUCUAGUUAUUGGAAAAAGUAAAGCUCCACGUUGUUUUAAAAAUGUACGUACAUUUCCAUGUGAUUACGUAUCACAAAAUCGUGCUUGGAUGACAGGUGAUAUUUUUAUAAACUGGAUAAAACAAUUAGACCUCUCUUUUAAAAAACAGAAUAGGAACAUUUUACUGUUUGUAGAUAACUGUCCUGCACAUCCUACUACUAUUCCACUUGAAAACAUAAAACUUGUUUUUUUACCCCCAAACGCAACAGCCAAAUUACAGCCUCUGGAUCAAGGUAUUAUCAAGGUUUUAAAACAAAAAUAUCGAAAAAAUUUGGUUUUAAUACUUAAAAGACUUGAAAGAAAUGGAAAAAGCAUUGACCAGAUAAUUACUGAUAAAAUUGCACCGGCUGAUGUAACUUCUAUAGAUGAAGAAAGCGAAGACGAGGAAGAGGAUGAUACAACACCGAUUCUCCCAGUAGUAAAUGCACUUGAUUAUGUUAAUGAGCUAAGAAGAUUAGUUGCAUCUUUUGACGACGCUGAUGAAUCGUUAAAUCAUCUUAAUAAAAUUGAAAACUUCCUGUAUGCAAAAAACAUAAAAAAUAUGAAACAAAGGAAGAUAGAUGAUUUUUUGAAAUAA